AUGCGCAAUAAUCAGAAAUUGCUCAUGGAUCAGUUGGAGCAAAAUCAGGCUGCUAUGAGGGAGGAUAUGACCACUGUAGAGGCUCAGAUGGGUCAGCUCGUUGAAGCCCUACAUGCUCUGGCUAGGGGACAAGAGGAAAUGCGUCAGGCUAAUCUGAGAGCCUCUACUGCCAACCCUGCUAUUGUGACAAUACCGGUGAAUCCACCAGGAGGAGCUGGUACGCCUAUUGUAGCUCAGCCACCUCCCGUAAGAGGUCCAGCUGACUCGGUUUAUGAAGCUUUUGGUCCUUCUUCUGUUGACCUCGAAAGGAGAUUUCAAAUGAUGGAGGAGAGAUUCAAGGCGAUGCAAGGUCCUGAUACCUUUGGGUUGGAUGCUGCUGACAUGUGCUUAGUGCCAGACGUGAAAAUUCCUCCCAAGUUCAAAGUCCCGAGCUUUGAAAAGUAUCAAGGGAUCACUUGUCCAAAGACCCACAUCCGAGCUUUCUGCAGAAACAUGGGCGCUCAUUCUAGUGACGAGAAACUCUUAAUGCACUUUUUCCAGGACAGUCUUAGUGGAGCUUCCCUGGAAUGGUAUAUGCAACUCAAGCGCACGCAUAUACGAACCUGGAGGGAACUAGCUGAAGCCUUCUUGAAGCAUUAUCAGUAUAACUCAGACAUGGCUCCCAAUCGUACUCAGCUCCAAAGCCUUUCUCAGAAGCCGGAUGAAUCGUUCAAAGAGUACGCUCAACGAUGGAGAGACUUGGCUGCCAGGGUUCAACCCCCUCUUCUCGAAAGAGAGCUGAUAAACAUGUUCGUGGAUACCCUUCAAGGGUCGUAUUCUGAAAAAAUGAUUGGGAGUACCACCUCGGGAUUCUCAGACUUGGUCAUUGUUGGUGAGCGAAUCGAGAACGGCUUGAAGAUCGGUAAAAUACAAGACACAACAGCUGCGGCUAGUGGAGCAAAGAAGCCUCAUUCCGGAUUCUCAAAAAAGAAGGAAGGAGAGACCAAUGCUAUCACUUAA